AUGAAUUCAUUUCCUGUUCUCAAUAAGGCAUCCAAAACCAUUCCCAAAAUGGUGAGACCCGCUGUUACUCCUGCCACGAAUGGGUCGCACUCGACACUGAGUGAAGAUCCAGAUCGAAAUAGUUGUCUUGUAUUGAUGCGUCAAGUCUUUGAUCGUUUAUGGAAUCAGUAUUUAACACGAGUGCCAGCUGCUAAUUUGUAUCAACAAGUGGUCUUGUCAAAAGGUGGACAAGUGGUGAAUGACCACAUUGCAUUUCGCACGUUUCAUUGUCAUGAAGUAAAAGAAUCUCCAAAAGGUGUCUUGCAAUCUGGAGUGGACGCCUUGUUGAGAAUUUUUUCUCGAUUUGGUUACAUUCCAAAAGGGAAUUAUAAAUUUCCUGACAAGUAUUUGAAUGCAAUACAUUUGGAAAAUCAAUGGGAUGAAAUGGCACCCAAGAUAUUCCUUUCUCAGUUGGAAGUGGAUGAAUUACCGUCGAGAGAGAGAAAUUUCAUUGUGGAUGCUGUGUUGGAUCAAGACGACGAGCGUUCUCAAAGACAUGUAGAUUUUUUGAAUGGAAGUGAAGCAAUGGAACUGUCAAAUGCCACUAACAAGAACGUCGAUGUGAAUGAUAUAGACCAUGAUAUUACUGACAAGUAUGUUCAAUUUUUCUCUCGUCAUUGGCUUCCUCCUAUCAAAUCUCAACUCUUACAAGUCAAUGAACUUUCCCAAUACGCAGCAUGGACUCUUCUUCAUGGUUACAGUGUCAAUCAUUUCACUGCCUUCAUUAAUUAUCAAAACGUUCCAGAAUUUGAAAAUUCCAUUGACAAGACCAUUCAUUACUUACACACUCGAUGUGGCAUGGAAAUGAAACAAGGUCCCGUUGUAGGUCCUCCCAUAUUAAGGCAAACAGCAAGUGUUUCGAGUAAGGAAAUGGUGGCCGUGCGUGUCGAGCGACAAGUCAUUGAAAAUGAAGGAUCAUUAAGGGACAAGGGUUCGAAUCCGACCGAGUGUGUUAAGGAAAAUUUCCAAUUGGAGCUGGAAAAUGAAUUCAUGGAAUGGACGUAUGCCUAUUACGAAUUUGCACAGAGAGGAUUGGUCGACCAUGAUGGAGGAGAAGAAGAACACAAUGAGACAAAUACAUUAUAUCAAGGCUUUUUGGAAGAUAAUACUCCUGAUUUGUUUAACAAUACAAAAUAUAUGAAUUAG